GUGCCGCUCGGCACUGCCUGGCGGGCGGGCUGGGGGCGGCUCGGCUCGGCUCGGCUCAGGCAGGCGGCGGCAGACAUUUUGUGUCCUGACGUUGCGGUAACAGGAAGUCUGAAGUCAUGGCUGGAAAACCCAAACUUUACUACUUUGAUGGAAGAGGCAAAAUGGAGUCCAUUCGCUGGUUGUUAGCUGCAGCCGGGGUUGAGUUUGAAGAGGAGUUUUUGGAAACACGAGAACAGUAUGAGAAGCUCCUGCAAAGUGGAUCCCUGCUGUUCCAGCAAGUGCCCCUGGUGGAGAUCGAUGGGAUGAAGAUGGUGCAGACCAGGGCCAUCCUCAACUACAUAGCAGCAAAGUACAACCUCUAUGGGAAGGAUCUGAAGGAGAGAGCCCUGAUUGAUAUGUAUGUUGGAGGAACUGAGGACCUUAUGGGCUUUAUUUUGAUGUUCCCGUUCUUAUCAGCUGAGGAUAAAGAGAAACAACGUGCCAUUAUAGUUCAGAAGGCCACCAGCAGGUACUUCCCAGUAUAUGAAAAGGUUCUGAAAGACCAUGGGCAGGACUUCCUUGUUGGCAACAGUUUUAGCUGGGCAGAUGUUCAUCUUCUUGAAGCCAUUUUAAUGGUAGAAGAGAAGAAGUCGGAUGUUCUCUCGAGCUUUCCUCAGUUACAGGCAUUUAAAAGAAGGAUAAGCAGCAUCCCCACAAUCAAGAAGUUUCUAGAGCCUGGAAGCCAGAGAAAACCUGUUCCUGAUGAUAAAUAUGUGGAGACUGUGAGGAGAGUUCUCCGUAUGUAUUAUGAUAUAAAAGCAAAUUAGUGUGCCUGUCUAAAGCAACAUCUAUGCUUGUUUGAAGAAAACUGUGAGAGCAUACAAAUAAACUGCACAGGGAAGGUGAAGAUACGUUUGAAUAGAGUUUCAGUGAACAAUAUCAUGUGUUCUCUCAUACAAAGUACAGUAUGUAAUUUUUUUAAUUAUACUUCACUAAUAACCUGUGUUUUUUUCCUUCAUUCUUCUUGAGAUUUUUCUGGUAAUUUUAAGCAAUUGAAAUGGCAGCAGGCUUGCUGUCUUCCUGGAAGCUCACUGGAAGAGGGGAAAGCAAAAGAGAAGGAAAUAUGAGUUGCUGACUGACAGCUCCAGCAUGUUAUACUGGCUCUGAGGACUUUCUCCUGAAAUCCAGAUCAGAUUUUUGUAUGAUUGGUUCUGAUUCAGGUCUUCACUGUUUUUAACUUCACUUUAGUAAAAUAAAAGAGAGAGUUUUUAAAGAAUGUAGGAGGGAGGUGUUUCUCUUGCCAGUUCUAUUGGACAUCAGUGAUUUGUCUGAAAUACCAGCAUUGUGCCUUCAUAACUAAGUUACAUUUUCAUUACUGAUUUACGAAAUAAAAUGACUACCACCUGUCAUACGUGUAUAACUGGUGUAUCUAGAGGGCCUGUUCUAAUCAAAUAAACUUGUUAUUCUUA